UGGCUCUCUCUGGGACCGCCAGCCAAGUCGAUCAGCUGCGCGGCGCCGUCGCCGCUGCUCCCGGCAAAGCGAAAACGAAAGUGCCGGCACGGAUGCGCAGGCUGAGCCAACCGCGGGAAGGGGAGGAGCUGAGCGGCGGCCGGCGGGGCAGAUCGGCUCGGCCUGGCGAUGGGGCUGCUCAGCUUUACGCGGGAGCCGGUGCCGGAGACGCUCAGUGCCGACAUGCAGCAGCUCAACCAGCUGAGCGCCCAGCAAUUCUCUACUCUAACUGAAGUAGUUUUCCAAUUUCUGCAAGAACCUAAAGAGGUUGAAAGGUUUCUAGCUCAGCUCUCUGAAUUUGCUGCCGUCAAUAAACUCAGCCCGGGCCGUUUGAAGAACAUUGUCAAAAGCCUCCUCUUGGUGCCAAACGGUGCCCUAAAGAGGACUCUGUCGGCAGAGCAGGUCAGAGCAGAUCUUAUCACUCUAGGGCUGAGUGAAGAAAAAGCUGGCUAUUUUGAAGAACAGUGGAAGGAGAAGUCUCCCACGCUUUCUCGCCUGGCUGUGGGGCAAACCCUGAUGGUUAACCAGCUCAUAGACAUGGAGUGGAAGUUUGGAGUUACUGCUGGAAGCAGCGAACUGGGGAAGGCAGGAAGCAUCUUCAUGCAGCUCAAAUUGGUGGUUAGACAAGGAAACAAAGUGGAGCCCGUGUACCUUGAACUGACGCUGCCCCAGUUUUAUCGCUUUCUGCACGAGAUGGAAAGGAUGAAAACUAGCCUGGAGUGCCUCAGCUGACUUGCCUGUUGAGGGGCCUGCAAGUGUGUGAGGACCAGCAGAGACUGUGGACGAGAUCCUCCCCAACCUCCGUGUCUCAUUUGAGAAGCUUGAAUUCAAAGAUGGGAGCACCCGUUAAAGUUCUGACGGUCUGGCUCAGGUUCUCCAAGCCGUUAAGGGCCGGGGAGGGGGAAUGUUUUGUAAAACUUGUAAAAGUCCAAUGUUUCUCUUGCUGGGUGUAUAACAAGGUUUUCUGGGGCAGUGCUGACAAAUAAUGAUCUGUGAGCAAGAAUUAAGGAAACAAAAAUAAAAUUUAAAAAGUCA